GCCGACGUGCGUCCUCGUGCGUGUGUUAAUAUUGUGCAGAAAGUUCAGAAACUGGCGAAAACCAACUGAUAUUAGUGUGUUUUUAAAGACAUGGAGAAGGAAAAGCAGCAGCCCAAGUCUAGUCAGCUGAACGGCAGCGGGGCCAAUAAGAGACAAGACUACCUGGAAUGGCCGGAGUAUUUUAUGGCUGUAGCCUUCCUGUCAGCGCAGAGGAGCAAGGACCCCAGUUCACAGGUGGGGGCCUGUAUCGUCAACCAGGAGAAUAAAAUCGUGGGCAUCGGUUAUAACGGGAUGCCAAACGGCUGCGAUGACGACCUGCUCCCCUGGUCUCGAGCUGCCGACAACAGGCUGGACACCAAGUACCCUUAUGUGUGUCACGCAGAGCUCAACGCCAUCAUGAAUAAGAACAGCGCAGACGUGAAAGGCUGCACCAUGUAUGUGGCUCUGUUUCCCUGCAACGAGUGCGCCAAGCUCAUCAUCCAAGCAGGUAUUAAGGAUGUGGUCUACCUGUCGGAUAAGUACCACCACACCCCUGAGAUGACGGCGUCCAGGAGGCUGCUGGACAUGGCAGGUGUCCUCUAUAAGCCGUUCAAACCCAAGAGGACCCAGAUUGUCAUUGAUUUUAAUUCCAUUAACCACCCUGGAAUACCGAGCAGCACCAGUGAGUGAAAAAUGCAAAGGGCUCACCUUGGGGAGCCGCUGAAUGAGGCGGGGAGCUAGAUGAAGACUGACGGGAUUGAAAGGGACUUUGAUGCCUCUUUUCUGAGCGUCUUCUUGCCCCCCUGCUUCGUCCAAAGGAAAAUUCAAGGAUACCUCGACUUUGGCAUCUUUUGAUAUUUUGAUUAACCGGAUAUUCAAGAUAGUUUAAUUUGGUGUUGGGGCCUUUGUGGGCUUUCUCUGCUGCUGUUCCCAAGUUGAAAUCCCCUUUGGGUUUAGACGGUCCAAGGACUGUCUGGAGGGUCUGACUUUAGAUUCUUCAGUGGCAAAGAUCACAUCUCCCCUCGGCCACCUGCUCUGGGGAACGCCUGAGGAACACCUUGAACCUGCUUUUCUUUUUAUCUUUCUUAAUAGACGGUUCCAGUCUUUUAUGGGGAUGUUACCUUGAUAUUCAGCUUCUUUCACCUUUUUUUAAUGUUUCAGUUCACACACAUUUUAUCACUUCCAGUCCAGGUUGAAUGCAGAACUGCUGGCGACCUCCGAAUAUCUGCGUUAGCCGACGAAAUUUUAAUUUUGUUAGUUUUGUUCUAGUUAUACUUUUCUUUUGUCUUUUGUUCAGACAAGGUAUAGUUUUUUAGAUGUUACCUGCAUCUACAGUUUUGUUCUAGUUAAUAAUGAGCAAAAAAAAAAAAAAUUUGCUUUUUUUUCUCCAAAGUUUUUUUAAUUGAAUUUUUAUAUUGUAAUAAUCAUAAAACAUAACACCAUAGUUAUGCCCCCCCCCACCCCCCCACACACACUCUAACAGAGUCCCAACCCUGAUGCACCUCAUACUAAUUUGCAUUUUUGUGUCUGUCUGAUGCAGCCACACCUUUCAAAACGCAUAAAAGGUUUUUUCACAAAUGUUUCAUGAUAAUAUUUGUAAUUUUUCAGGUGUCUAAACAUUGUUUUUCCACUUCUGUAUAACUGGUGGUGCGUCUCAUUGAUAGUCAGAUGUUCUCCAGCACCACCAUGACCAUGUCCAUCAGGAGGUGCUUCAGAACAUGAAUGAAUACUGAUAGUACAGGACGUCCAUAAGCUGCUCUUUGUGCUGUCCACCACUGAACAUCGUCGUUAGUUGGUCCAGUUUGCAUGUAUGAACACAGGAGCAGGUCCAUGUGAUUAGUGAACGCUGACAUUUUUAACCAGGCUGCAGUGGAGACCGUUCUGUUGACGACCAAACGCCUCCCAUUAGGGUCUGAUUUUAGGAUGAACGGCUGCUCCUUCUGUCGAGCCCUAAAUGAUCAUCAGCUGGUUUUUAAUGUGUGUUGAAGCUGUUUGCUUUUAAUCGUUGUGUUCUUCAUCUGUUUCCAUCACUACAAUAGAUUAUUUUUGCUUGUGUUUAAAAUGCAUCACUCUAAAUAGUUUCCUUUUUCAACUGUGACAGAUUUACAACAGUCUGAUCAGCGCAGGAUUUAUAAAACUCACUAAAUAGGCUGGUUUUUGGGGGGGGGGGGGGGGUGUCUUACAAGGAAGCAAGAAUCCUACACUGACUUCCUGCUUUUAAUGUAAUAACACAGGAUCAGGAAUACUUACUUUGUCCGUCAUGUUGUUAGCCUUGUAGCAGAACUGGCUAAAAUAAUUCACUAUACGGACAAAAGUAUGUGGACGUGUUGAAUUCAGGUGUUUCUUUUCUAACAGGGGUCUGAGAUACAAAACAAUAAGGACUAAUGUUAUAGUUUUAUAUUGGGAUAAAUAGCAUUGCAUUGGUUAGUUUAGUUUAAAUUGUUAUCUUUGUUUCCCAAAUGCCUCAGACGGUUUCAGUUUCCCUCAACAUUGAUUUUAAAUUUUUUUUUUUUAUCCAUGACUGAUUUUAAAUGUUUUACCUCUAAACUUCUAGAACAUUUUUGUGCUCCGACUGUAAAUGAGAACUUUCUACAACAACUAAACAUCUACUUUCAUCACAUCUGACUGAGGAAGAAAAAUCUACCAUUAAACUUUAAGGAAAUAUUGAUGUUUCUAAACUAUAUGGACAUAAAUAUUGGGACACAUCAUG